CCGUGGUAACCCGGAUGUCGAUGGGCGGAGUCAUAAACAGUUUGCGCAAGGACACUGGGAAACCUGACUUCUGUGUUCAGACAGAUCCCAUUCUGUAGAAGAAAUUGUUUACAACUCACAGACAAACUGUAGGAAGAUGGAACUGAAGGUACCCAAGAUUCCAGUGUGUGUGGCGAUCGCCUGUUGCGGGGUGGCCUUGGUGUUCCAGCUGGUGGCUGUGGGGGGUAGCGGCUGGGCUGUCAACAAGCAAGCUGAGAUAGAAAUCGGUUUGUUCCGCACUUGUUUUCGAGGCGAGUGUAACGAUAUCCAGAGCAGCAAGCAGCCAGACUGGUUCAGGGCGACUCAGGCGUUCUCCAUCCUGGGACUUCUCGCCAUCGCCGGAAGUCUGGCAGUUGGAAUUCUCCAUGCUGUUCUGGAAAACACACGUGUCCUGUGUCUUCUCGCCAUUGCUUCGUGCGCUGCUUCCGUCGUAGCCCUGUUAAUUGAAGUUGCCGUGUUUGGAGGUGAGAUGGGUGACGAAAUAAGAGCAACUAAGGAUGUCAGCUUCGGCUACGGGUUCAUCUUGUCCAUCAUCGCCUGCAUUCUCAGUGUCGGGGCUGCAGCCUGUUUUGCAUUAGGACUUGGACAGUCACACACCUUUCAGCAUAGUCCAAGUGGAUAAUAAAGCUAAAAAAAUUAAUACAUUUUUCUGAUUUAGUUCAGAUGUGAUAGUAUACCAACAAUUAAUAAACCUUUCGCUUUUACAA